UGGAACUCUUUUACUCAAGCAUUGACCAGACGCUUCCAGCCAGGCAUGGUCAAGGAUCCUCUGGGGCCUUUAUUCAGUUUGAAGCAGAAAAAUACCAUAGAGGAAUAUCGAGACAAAUUUGAGACUGCAAUUGCUACACAUGGACACUUAACUGAAGAGGUAUUGAAAGGAGCGUUUCUUAAGGGCCUCAAGCGUGAUGUAAAAGCUGAGUUGAAGCUAUACUCUACAAGAACUUUGGCUGAAGUUAUGGAUGUGGCUUCUUUAAUUGAGAACAAGAACUCUGAAGCCUUGAUUGUUAAGAAUAAAGAGGAAGAAAGAAAAACAGGACAGAGCUAUCCUAAAUGGGGAGAUGGUAGUCGAAAUAGUUAUAAUCUGGCAUCUACAAAUCAAUUGAUGAAGAACUCAGAUGGUAGCAAGAAGCUGGAAGAAGGAUCAAGUUCUGUUUCUAUGAAGACAAGUCCCAGAUUAUCACAGAGUGAGCUGCAAG